AUGGCAUGGGUCCAAUCUGUCUCCAGACGAUCUCUCCAUAGAGCACGAUCAGGUCUGUUGGCACUGAGGUCGGGUCUCAUUCAUCGUUCGGGCGAGGAAGAGUACCCCAAGAAAAGUUUUGUCAGCCCCGUUGCUCUCAAGCGUGAAAGACAGCAACACCGUGGAGUUUCAUCCGGGGCCUACACCACGGAUACCCAAGAGGACCUGGCAUUUGGCGCCGAACUGUCUCGCAUGAAUCCUACACCUUCUUCCCCAUCCGUCAAUCUUGAUGUGCCGUCUCUUAUUCGCGUGCCGUCGAUUAAUUCGAUCCAUCGUUCGCCCGCAACUCUUCCUGCAUCUGAAUCAACAUCCAAACUCUCCGAAAUUUCCGGCCGAGCUGUAAGUAAUUCUGGGGUAAACUCGACUCUAGCCAACGACCAUGAUCUUGACUUCCAAUUUGAUGGAGCUGAAGACUUGGGGGCGAAUAUGAAUUCUGAGGAUCACUUUACUCAUAUCACAGCAUCGACAGGGAACCAUUUAAUAGGGCAGACAUGGGGCGUUGCAAUCUCUACCGACGAAGAGGUCAAAAUGUCUGCCUACGGUCUGGCAGAUCCUCAGCCAUCUAUGAGAGAACAGCAAGCAACAAAUCUACAGCAGCAAAAUAUCAGUGAUGCAAGUUCGGAUACACAAAUCAGUGAUAAUCAACCAAGCUCAGUUCCCAUUUCGAGACAAUGCUCCGCCGAAGUUCGAUUUGCAUUUCCAGGAAUCUAUCAAGAGGCACUGGAUCAGUGGGCGAGGCAAAAUGGUAGUCCCAGCCCUAGUCAACACAUUCCCGACCUCGAUCAGCACAGCCCCAAUCUCAGCCAACAAAGUCUCGACCUCAGCCAACACAGUUCUAGCCCCAGUCAGAAUAGCGCCAAGCUCUACGAGGAAGAAGGAACCCCGUGUGCCUCUCAAGGGCCACUCGAAUGCAUUGGGCAUGAGGAUGAUACAUACAGCAACAUGUCUCCAUAUCAUGAACACGAUGAAGGUCUCAUGCCUCUGGUGCCCCCGCAAACCCUAAUCGCCCAUUCCGAAGAGACACAGUCAUUUUCUUAUACCAAUCCCCUCAAUUGCAUCUCCAACCGGAAUUCCGGCCAAAGAUGGUCGUCUAUCUCCGAGAGAGCAACCACACAAUGGUCAAGUGUUGAAGAUUCCUCAAGCCGUUACACACCCGCCAAUACCACAUCGCGAGAUAUCACAUCAACGGAAAUGACUUCAAUAGAAUCAAUGUCAAACGAAACAUGGUCUCCAAUAGACUCUGAGGUCCUGUUCCCAAGCCCGGUGGAGGAUGGAAAUGGGUAUUUCCUUUUCGAUGGCAAAACCAACAGCCAGUAUCCUGACAGAGGGAAUGAGCCAGUCAAAUCAGCACAGAAUACCACCAGCAACUGUGGUAAUACCAGAGGAUCUCAGGAACUAACUGAGGCGAUCUCUCCAGGGAUCCUGUCCCUACGCGUCAUACCCAAUGGCAUUCCCAGUGCGGGAUUGGAAUUUGUGGAAGAGGAUACAGACGACGAGUUUUAUCCUGGGAUUGUGCAGCCAAGACAGGUUUGGUGA